AUGGAACUCACCAUGGAGAACCUUCACAGCGUCUCGUCACACUCCCAGGCGGGAGACCUCAUGAACUCCCCGCAUGCUCGGCCGUCGCCGUCCCCCAGCUCUACUCCCCGGAAUCUGGUCUCGCACGCUCCCGGCGCGCGGUCGGCCAUGGUCUCCGGCAUGCCCUCGCUUCUGGAGGGGUCCGGGGGAGACUACCGGACAGACCCGUCUGCGUUGUCCGGACACCUGCACCCGUCCAUCAGCAUGUGCGAAACCGGGAUGAGCCUUAGCAACACAUACACAACCCUGACCCCCCUGCAGCAUCUACCUCCGAUAUCCACAGUGGCGGACAAGUUUCACCACCCGCACUCACACCACCAUGCUGCCGCCCACCAACGACUCUCGGCCGGGAACGUCAGUGGGAGCUUCACGCUGAUGCGGGACGACCACCGUGGUCUUACCUCCAUGGGCAAUCUGUACAGUCACUACUCUAAAGAGAUGUCCGUGUCGGGCAUGGGCCACGGCUCGCUGUCCCCGCUUUCCAGCGGGCUGGGCUCUCUGCACAACUCCCAGCAGCCGCUCUCAGCCUACGGCCCCAGCGCGCACCUCCCCGCCGACGCCAAGAUGCUUUCUCCGGUGUCAGGCUUCGAGACCCACGCAUCCAUGCUGUCCCGAAGUGACCAAGAGCAUCUGGCCAGGAGUUUAGGGGGACAUGGCCACGGCAUGAUCUCCAACAUCAGCGGCAUGCAUCAUCACCCGCACGGUCACCUUCACUCGCAAGCAAACGGCGCAGUAAUGCUGGGGGACCGGGAGAGACACGGCCAUGGACCCAGCCAAGGAGUAUCAGGGUCAGGCAUUCAGGCUGAGGAGAUCAACACUAAGGAGGUGGCACAGAGAAUAACAGCAGAGCUGAAGCGCUACUCCAUCCCGCAGGCCAUAUUCGCCCAGAGGAUCUUAAGCCGGUCGCAGGGCACCCUCUCGGACCUGCUACGGAACCCCAAACCUUGGAGUAAGCUCAAGUCAGGACGGGAGACCUUCAGAAGGAUGUGGAAGUGGCUGCAGGAACCCGAGUUUCAGCGGAUGUCUGCUCUCAGGCUGGCAGCAUGUAAACGCAAGGAGGAGGACCGAGGACGGGAGCGGAACCAGGUGCCAAAGAAGCAGCGACUGGUCUUCACCGACCUGCAGCGUCGCACCUUGGUAGCCAUCUUCAGAGAGAACCGCCGGCCCUCCAAGGAGAUGCAGCUCACCAUCUCCCAGCAGCUGGGCCUGGAGCUCUCCACCGUCUCCAACUUCUUCAUGAACUCACGCCGCCGUUGUCCAGACCGCUGGGACGCAGAGGAGCACAGUCUCGGGGCGCACGGCCACGUGCACACACCCCACGGAAACAGCAGCAGCAGCAACAACAACAACAACAACAACAAUAACGGCGCCUCACCAAUCCAACCCGGCACCUCCUCUGCUGUCUCCUUCUCCAAGGCCUGACGUCUGCAGGACGGAUGUAGAGAGGAUGGAGGGUUCCUUUCCGCUAAGACUCUCCGUCACUGCAGAGCUACCGAGCGCUGUGGCUUCAGACCACUUAUCUGGUCCAUCUGCUCAGAGUACCGAGGACUCUGUGCAGAUGGAUCAGACCUUCUCGGUGUUAUUUUUUGACCCGAAUGCCACUCUUAGGGGCUAACUUGCAUUUUCAAAAUGUGACUCUUGAAACCAAAGAUCCAACAACCACAUGUGGCCGUCAGGAAACAAAAAAUCAGCCUGAAAAACCAAAGAGCAUCCAUUUGCACUACACGCUGUGGGUGUGCGUGGAAGCAUGGAAAAGAGAGAAAGAGAGAGGGAGGGUUUUGCGUCAGGGAACAAGUAGCUUUAAAGACAGCAGGCCUGGAGCGGUCUUCACAAAUAAUCAGAUAGCAGGUGUAUCUGCAGGCCUGCGAUCAGCGACACGCGCGUUUCAGUGACACGCUGAGACUGAUUGAGAGGUGCGUUUAUGUGUGACGUAUAAGUGAAACGAUCUCCGCAGAUCGUCUGCUACCUGUGCGUAACGUUCACAUCGCCCACAGUGGGGGUGUAUUAUGAUUAUGAUUAUUAUUAUUACUAUUCCCCUGCAGCCACUCAGCCCGCUGCACGUCGGAGUAACAGCGUCAUCUGCUGCCCAGUCUAACCACACGCCAACCUGUUCUCAGCGCGCUGGCGUUGCUCCUCACACAGCUGCAGAUUGAACACCCAGAGAACCAAACAGGAGGAGAAAUGGUUCAAACACACUCAUCCAAACAUCCAAUGACACACAUGCUGAAUGUUUGCUUCUUUACAUACACUGAGCGGCUGCACGGCCACAGAUUGCAUAGUCACUUGAAAGGUUAUUUCCAGGUUACAAAAAGGAGAACAAUCAAACAGGGAUGACAUGCCACACAUAAAAAAAAGUGUUGUCCUCGAGUGAAGGGAGUGAGGGAAGGUGGGUGCAUUCUGUUCUAGCGGCCAAACACAGAGGUCAAAUGUCACAAUAUAGGAUCCUGAGUGCCAAUGAUGUUUGCCUCUUUAUGAUAAUCAGAGAACAGAUGCAGCCCACUUAGUCCCCCCCCACCCCCAGUGUGCCCUGCAGUGUCUGGUCUGUGUCAUUACACACCUACAAAUUGUGAGCACUAUACGGCACGUUUGCCUAUUUCAUACCUCAGAAAAAAAACUAAAAAAGAAAAGAAAAACAUUGAUGUGAUCCAGAUGAAACAUAAUGGAAAUGUCUGUAAAUAAUCUUUAAUUUCAUCUCUCUUUCUCUCUGUCUUAUCUAUUCUCAAUUUAUCUACUCUCUUGAUAUGUGUCUUUCUUUCAUUUUCUUUUCCCCCUCCCCAACUAAUUGAUGCGGGUAAUAAUAGUACCAUAGACACAUGGUUUCUUUCUCGUGACUAUUGUGCUAUGUCGUGCUGAAACAAUAUAUAAAGAAGCACCUUGUUGACAAAAUGUAAGAACUUAAAGAUAAAAAAAAUGAAACAAAAACAAAACAGACAAAUCAUCAUGUCAUAGACUGAUCCUAUGCACAGACAAGGAAGGGAUACCAAACAGAGACAAACUGUGCAUAUUUGUGAAUACCUGUUUGAUGGAACAAAAGGACUGUGUGGAUGUGAAGGACCUCUUCCUUGAUCUUUAAACUUUGACCUCUUUGAAAUGGACAGUCACUGCAUUCCUCUGCUGAUGGUUUUCUUUGGUCACCAUAUGAAUUGCCUGAUUUCUUUGUGUCUUUUUAUAACAUUUUUUUCUCUGUGUGUGUGUGUGUGGGCAAAGCCACUUGUUGUGUAGCAUCUUCUAGCGGGAGAUAAUCAUAUAAGGGAGGAGACACAGACAGGAGGGGGAAGGGUGCAGCAGGGGAGGUGGGAGCAUCAGAGGCCCAUCAUGAGACUGGAAGGUAGCAAGUGAUAUUCCUCCAUAAACCCAUAAACUGGGAGGUGUAGUGCUCGGAAACAGGUUGUUGUCAUUUGGGAAUGAUUUUGGAGUGUAGAGGGAGGAAAACUGCAUUUUUUUUAAAAAGUUCAAACCCAAAGCAGAGUGUUGGUGAGGGAAAUAUGUGUGUGUGUGGCUACCUCACGGAAAAUAACCAGACAGUGACCCAGCAGUAAAUACCAAAGAUAAUCCACGCCUGCUGUGUUCACACUGGACCUGGGAUGUAUACACACACACACACACAUGCAGAGUUGCAGACAGAUGCAGAUUUGGACGCACGCACUUCCACGGAGCAGUCGUGCUGCAUAGCAAACACAGCCUGUUUGUUAUGUGGGAAGAGUUGAGUGCCUUUUUCCUUCAACCAGGGGAUGGACUGCUCUGAUCACACACAAAUAUGCACACACAUGUUUAAAUGAGGGGGUGUGGGGGGAGGACACACUGGGUGAAGGGGGUGCAGCACUGGAGGGGUCCUCGUGAUAUUAAAGGGCCACUUUUUCGGACUCUGAGCACUUCUUUUCACACGGUGAGGGGAAAUGAUCGCUUGCCAUUCUGUUUUUUUUUUUUUUUUACACACCGAUGAGAUCAUGUCAUCUCACCAAGUCCUCUCUUCACGAUACACACACGCACACACACUCCUUCCAGAGAUAUUUUUGUGUCAUUUGUAAUCCGAGAGUCGGUGUGUGUGUGUGUGUGUGUGUAUUUAACUGUUUACAAUGCCCUGCACUCCUGCUCUUUCCUGUCUCUCGUUGGCCACCGUUUCAAUUUAACUGGUCUAAAAACAGAAAAAACAGAAACAAGUAAACAAAAAAAAGAAACCUUCCAUCUCCUGACGACACAUGAUGUACAUUGGUGAUCCUACCCCGCUCCCCCCUCUUUGCUGGUCCCUCUUUCCAGGGUAGCAUUACAACAAGGCAGGCAUGGGUAGACAGUUCAUCUUGAUAUACCUCAAAUCUUGACUGUAAAAGUUAAUGUAGUGAAACAAUAAGGACAAUGUUUAGCAAUGAGCGUGACAUUAAAGUCACAACAAAAUGAUUGUUUGGGGGGUUUUAUUUAGAAUUUCUAUGAAAAAGCGUGUGGAGUGUAAGCUGGUUUUUGGUUUGACAGCUUUCCAGUUUUUUAUUUCUUUUUUUAAAAUUGUGUGUAGAUUUGCACGGAGUCCUUUUUUUGGACUGAAAGAAGGGGUAUGACCGGGGGUAGAAAAGUGCAUAAGGGAUAAAUAAAGAGGCAAGCAAUGACAUAAUACACAUGCAGCCAAAGAAAAGAAGAAAUCAAUAUAUAACAACACAUCAAAGACAGAAUCAUUUCUGUUUUGCAUCAUUUUCUUUUUGUUCGUUUGUGUUUGAAAAUUGUUUCCUAUGUGUGUUGAAGUGAUUCACAUAUUAAAACAAAAAGAACGAACCAAAGCACCUCUGUCAUUUAGGAGUGGGAUGAGCGAUUCUUUUUAUGCAUGGAUCCUAUAUUAGUGUAUAUAACCUGCGGGAUGAACUGUACCUCUACAGGUGGAGGUGAGGGGGAGAAACUGGGGGAAAAACAAACAAACAAACAAACAAACAAACAAACA